UGAAGCUUUACUUAACAUUCUGGAGAGUCCUUACACAUGGACCCUCGUUACCCCAUUUGAACACAGAUGAAGAUCACUCGUGCCGUUGUACACUAAUCGAGAUCAACAUGAGUGGUUUUCCGCCGCCCCCGAACCUCGACCCGAAGCUGGAAAAAGAGUCUCUCGCUCCUGCCGGUCUCGCCGUCACUAUUGUCUUCACAGUAGCUUCGUGCACCACAGUCGCCCUUCGACUGUACACACGAAAGAUCCUCCUGAGACAUGUCACAAGUGACGACUAUGCUAUUCUCUUGGCCCAAAUCUUCGGCUUGGGCCUCACAGCCAUCAAUAUCGUGUGCUUCACUGUUGGGGGUAUAGGACGACACAUUCAAUUUGUAAUGGACAAACUGCCCAUGUUUCUGAAGCUAGUUUACUCUGCCAUGGCCGUCUACAACGCGACACAAAUUGCAACAAAGAUUUCCCUCAUGCUGCAAUACAGACACAUAUUUCCAAGCAGCACAAUGCGGGCAAUAUGCAACUGGAGCGUUGCAUUUCUGAUCGCGUGGGGAAUUGCGCAACAGAUCUAUACUUCGUUCGCGUGCGGCAUUGCACAGCUUAUCUAUCCGAAGACUGUGGCUUGCAUCCGGCCCGACAUUCCCUUUCUUCUCAACGGCGCCAUGAACAUGGUUACUGACUUUGCCAUUCUGAUGGUUCCGAUCAAGCCCGUGGUCCAGUUGCAGAUCAACAAGCUGCGCAAAGCAUACCUCUUGAUUGUUUUGUGCUUGGGUCUCGUGGUAUGUGUUAUCUCAGCUGUGCGGCUGGCGCAACAAGUGCACGUGAACAAGAACAUUACAGACGGCACAUGGAUAAUGGCAACUACCGCCAUGCUAUCCAUUGUCGAGACAAAUCUCGGCAUAAUGUGCGCUUGCGUGCCCACCCUGCGGCCAUUGGUCAAGCGCAUUGCACCAGUCCUGCUCGGAUCUUCUAACAAGGAUUCGUCCGCCUACGGCAAUGCGUAUGGCAAUGCGUACGGUCAACGCACGCGGCUCGACGACGAGCAGAAUACAAAGAGUGGACCGGGCAGCUCGAUUUAUAUCCAGAAGGAAGUCAAAUUUCACAGCACGACCGAGUUGCGGAAUCUGUCGAGCAACCCCAGAGAUCCAUAUGCCAUAGACGACAGGUCGUCGGAUGAGAUUAGCCUGGAGCAAGCGGCGGGUGUGACUGCGACCUCGUCAAGGGCUUGAUCCUGGUGAUGAGGCGAUUUUUCCUUUUCUUUUUCUUUGUUCUCAAAUACCAUGAUUUUGGAGCAUGAAAAGCUAUGAUACCUAUGAGGCGUAUAUUGUUAGAUAUACCUCUGUUAGUCGGAAGGGACUUGGGAUAUAGAUCAAUUGAGGAGUAAUGUGCAUAGUAAUGUCUUUAUCAUAGUUGAACAAUGUCUAUGGCGUUCGUCGAUGACGGCUAU